UCAGCUUCUGUUAUAUCCUUCUUGGAUGGAUUCAUCCAGAAAGCACAACCCUGAUUUUGCAUGAGCAGGACUAUCGACAGAACCUAAAACUAUAUCAACAUUUUCUACACAGGACAGAUUGUGACAACUUCUUUCUUAAGGAGAGAAUGCUUAAAUUUCACCAAGUGAAACAUAUUUUUGAUAUACUAGAUAAAAUGCGAUGCCUGCGAAAACGUUCUACAGUCUCAUUCUUGGGAGUUCUUGUCAUUUUCCUUCUGUUUAUGAACUUGUACAUUGAAGAUAGCUAUGUUAUGGAAGGAGACAAACAGAUUUUAAGGGAAACAUCUACACAUCAACUGAGUCCAGAACACUACAUCCAUACUUUCAAAGAUUUGUCUAAUUUCUCAGGAGCCCUCAAUGUCACCUAUCGCUACUUAGCUGUCAUGCCUUUACAAAGAAAGCGAUUUCUUACAAUUGGACUUUCAUCAGUGAGACGAAAAAAAGGAAGCUAUUUACUUGAGACAAUCAAGUCAAUUUUUGAGCAAUCCAGCUAUGAAGAAUUGAAGGAAAUUUCAGUGGUGGUUCAUCUAGCUGACUUUAACUCAUCCUGGCGUGAGGUCAUGCUGCAAGAUAUUACACAGAAAUUUGCCCACCAUAUUAUUUCUGGAAGGUUAAUGGUUAUACACGCUCCAGAGGAAUAUUACCCAAUCCUGAGUGGCCUUAAAAGAAAUUACAAUGAUCCAGAAGAUAGAGUCAGAUUCCGUUCCAAGCAAAAUGUAGAUUAUGCUUUUUUGCUCAACUUUUGUGCCAAUAUUUCGUACUAUUAUGUAAUGCUUGAAGAUGAUGUUCGUUGUUCAAAAAAUUUCUUAACUGCCAUCAAGAAAGUCAUUGCAUCCUUAGAAGGAACUUACUGGGUAACCCUUGAGUUCUCUAAGCUUGGCUAUAUUGGAAAACUUUAUCAUUCUCAUGAUCUCCCACGCUUGGCACAUUUUUUAUUAAUGUUUUAUCAAGAAAUGCCUUGUGAUUGGCUAUUGACUCAUUUCCGGAGUCUGUUAGCUCAGAAAAAUGUGAUUCGUUUUAAACCAUCUCUCUUUCAGCACAUGGGUUAUUAUUCAUCAUAUAAAGGAACUGAGAAUAAGUUGAAGGAUGAUGAUUUUGAAGAGGAGCCAUUUGACCUCCCAGAUAACCCUCCUGCAAGUCUAUAUACCAACAUGACUGUUUUUGAAAAUUAUGAUGCAAGCAAAGCUUACAGUAGUGUUGAUGACUACUUCUGGGGGAAACCACCUUCAACAGGAGAUGUCUUUGUGAUUAUAUUUGAAAAACCAAUUGUAAUCAAAAGAAUUAAAGUGAAUACUGGAACAGAAGAUCGACAAAAUGAUAUUUUGCAUCAUGGAGCCCUAGAUGUUGGGGAGAAUAUUAGAUAUUUUAAACAGAAUAGACAAUGUAUUACUUAUAUUAGACUAGGAGAAUUCAGAAGUGGAAACUUUGAAGUAUCUGAUGUAAAUCAAAAAAUUCCAUUUGAUAUACACUGUAUGAGGAUAUAUGUUACCAAAACACAAAAGGAAUGGCUGAUUAUUAGGAGUAUUAGCAUUUGGACUUCUUAG